AUGUCCCGCGUAGACGCCCAAGUAUCCACGGAUGCCUCUUACGUCGCACAGCUCCUCGCCAGAGGCGUAGAGAAUCUCUCGGAGGAACCCGCGCGACUCGACGAUGAGGCCUCGCGAGCGCGCAGACGCUUAGAAGACGUUUCCGUUAGGAACUACCGCGCGUACAUCGACGCGGCGAGCGCGUACGCGGCGGUGAGAAGAGAAGCGAAAUCGUGCGCGACGCUGCUGGAGACGCUUGAGGCGCAGUUGCCGGACUUAAAGCGUGGAUGCGAUGCGUUCGAGGCCGGUGCGCGGAAGAUUUCGAGCGAGAGAACGAUGUGUAGGCGCGUGAUGGCGAACUCGGGCGCAAUCGGGGAUCUUUUAGAGGUGCCGAAAUUGAUGGACGCGUGCGUGCGGAACGGGCACUACGACGAGGCGUUGGAUUUGGAAAACUUUGUGGCCAAGAUGGAGGCGACGCACGGGGAUAUUGGGUUGGUGAAGAAGAUCGCAGAUGAAGCGCGACAGUCGAGCGCGGAGAUGCUGCGGGGGCUGGUGGGGCGAUUGCGAGUCGGUAUUCAGCUACCCGAGUGCCUGCGCGUUGUUGGGUAUCUGCGGCGGUUGAGCGCGUACGACGAGACGACGCUGCGGAGGACGUUUUUGGCGUGUCGAGAGGAGUACAUCGCGAACUUGGUGAGCGAUUUAGACGAUGGGAAUUCGUACGAGUACUUGAAGCGGCUCACCGACGUUCACAGGGUGUCGCUCUUCGACGUCGUGAUGCAGUAUAGGGCGAUCUUUUCAGAUGACGCCGGACCUGAGGCAAACUCAAACGAGGUGAGCGGAUCGCUCCUGUACAGCUGGGCGACGCACAGAAUAUCCAAGUAUUUCGAGUUGAUCGUAGCGACGCUCCCGCGAGUCGUCGAGGGCGCGGCGUUGGCGUCUGUUUACGAGCACUGCGAGUAUUGCGGCACCAGUCUCGCCAGGGUUGGUUUGGACACGCGUCCACUCCUGCGUCCUGCGUUCGCUGACGCGGCGGCCAAUAUCUUCGACUCCGCCCUCGCGAGCACUGGAGAGGAGUUCGAGCGCGCGCUCAGCGCGUCGACGUGGUCCCACUUUGCCGCGUCGUCGCCGUCGACGACGGCAGUCAAGCAAGAGGGAUCCGACGCCGUCGAGACGCCGCCUGAAUCGCUCGCCGAGCACGUCCCGCUCGCCGCCUUCGUGAACGGCGUCUUACUCGCCUACAACGAGCUCAGGCACCUCGUCGGCGUCCUGGACGUCACAACUCGACUCACUAGAUCCCUCGAAACCGCCCUCUUCCGGGCGACGUCCACUCUCCUCGCUUCGUCUCGCGCCGACGGCGCCGAGCAAAGAGAGCGCGCCGCGCGCGCCGCCGUCGUCGCCGCGUACGCCGACAUCGCCCUCCCCUACCUCGCCCGCGCCUUCUCCAAGCUCACAGACCGUGUGCUCACCUUAGAAGCCGUCGAUGACGCACGGAACCGCCUCACGGACGCCAGAACGGUGUAA